GGCUGAUGCCUUGUUUGGAUGUCCCCGAAAUCUUUGAAUCGGUUCAGUGUAUUGAGGCUAUUCGACAACUACCUCUUCAUAUCAAUCCUGACUAUUGGAUAAAUGGCAUCAAAUACUAUUCAUAAUGGAUUUCACGACAUUGCUAUCGUGCGGGGAACAGUUGACGACGUUCCGGCAGUCCUCCAUCUCCUAGAUACCGCAGUCAAAUGGCUGGUAUCUCGUGACAGAACUGGGCAGUGGGGAACAGGACCAUUUUCAGAGUAUCCACGACGCAUUGAACAACUCAAGGAAUUUGCAACAACCGGCCUUGGCCUCUGGCUCGCUAUCAAGCUUGCUGACGGCACGCCAAUGGACCAAAACCAACCUUCCAAUAUACUCACCAAAAUUGUGAACGGAGAAGCUUCAGGGUCCAUCAUAGGAGCACUUGCUGUUGGAGAGAGGAUGCCUUAUGUGACACCUGUCUCUGAACCUGAGCUUUACGUGCGAUUAUUGGUCACGGAUCGACAAUGGGCUGGUAACGAGAUUGGCAAACACCUUUUGGAACAUGCACGUGGUCUCGCCAACGGGGCUGGAGUCUCAUUACUACGGGUGGAUUGCUAUGCAGGUGGUGACGGCAGAUUGGUCCAAUACUAUGAGUCUCAAGGAUUUAAGCGAUUCGAAAGGUUGAAUCUCGAAGGAGGCUGGCCUUGUCAAGUACUUGCUCAGCAUUUACAUGAGGUGAAGGAAGAAUAGAGAUAUUGAUUCUUUUCUUUCCAGCCUGUUUAGUAGGUC